AGAGGCGCCACUUUUCAACUUAUAUGCCAUGAGCUUCACUUGAUUUUCCUCUGCAAUAUUCAAAUAAUCAAAGAAGUUUUUAACAGUAUCAAUCUGGUUGAGAAAAUCUUCAAUAUUUUACCGUCCAUCAAAGUUGGGCGAAUCAAUCUUUAUCUUAAAUUCUUGGUUAUUAUGAUGUCGUUCAUUAGCUCGGUAUUUGGAACGAAGAUCAUUGUCUUUGCUCGAUGAGUUGUCCAAUCCUUGCGAUGUGUUUGACGGAGGUUUUGAGGUUGUUGGCGUCGUAGAUUGUCUCUGUCGCGUUAAGGUGGGAAACAUCCAUAUGGAUUUUUGAAAUUUUGAGUGAAAUUUUGAGAUCCCACUUCUAUAAAAGUUUGUCUAGGUCUAUAAAUGUUAUUGUCGGCUGCCGAAGGGACUUGUCAGUGACCAUCCACCUCACUGCCCAUAUUUGCCCUGUAGCCGUUGCUCGUACUUCCGCAGAGGGGCAGACCUCGCCAGUUGCAGAAGACACAACUUGAUUUGCGAUCUUUGCAGUGAUGUUCAACUGCGUCGGUUUCCAGUUGGAUUUGCAAUCGGUGACAGUUGACAUUGCUGUUGAAGGCUAUCCGUGGAUCACUCCUAACUGGUUGAUGAACUGUGGUGCUCUAGGAGGUAGAUCCGUGUGAUCUGUCUCCCUAGCGUUUUGUGUGAACCUCUCUGCACUACAUAGGAAUCAUUGGCCAUCUUUUGUCUCGCUAUUGGCGGAGUUGUGUUGUUCAUCACGCAGAUCUGGUCAUCGUUGUCCAGUUCAGAUUUCCUGGGUAGAUAACGCAGCUAACGUCUGGGUUAUUUGCCGAAGAGCUUCAUCGAUUCCGUCAGAGUCUUUGCUCGAUAUUUUCGAACCUCGAUUUAUUGUCGGUGGCUCGUUUUCCACUAGAACCAUCCACAGACUUCAGGUCGAGGAGGAAGAUGCUGAUGCUGAGAACAUGGAUGAAGAUAUUGAUGCCGGUAUGGCAGAUAUUGAAGCUCUUAAUUAUGAUGAUCUGGAUAAUGUUUCCAAACUGCAAAAGACGCAGAGAUACAUUGAUAUAAUUCAGAAAGUGGAAGAUGCUCUUAAGAAGGGCACUGAUACAUCAUAUCAGGGGACAAUACUGGAGAAUGAUCCUGAAUAUCAGCUGAUUGUGGAUUGCAAUGCCUUAUCUGUUGAUAUUGAGAAUGAAAUUGUUAUUAUCCACAAUUUUAUUCGUGACAAGUACCGGCUGAAAUUUCCUGAGCUUGAAUCACUUGUACAUCACCCAAUAGAUUAUGCUCGUGUGGUGAAAAAGAUCGGAAAUGAGAUGGAUUUAACACUUGUUGAUCUAGAAGGGCUCUUGCCAUCGGCUAUCAUUAUGGUUGUUUCAGUUACAGCAUCAACUACAAGUGGAAAGCCACUUCCUGAUGAUGUCCUUCAGAAGACCGCUGAGGCAUGUGAUCGAGCUCUUGAUCUUGAUUCAGCAAAGAAAAAGGUCCUUGAUUUUGUGGAAAGUAGAAUGGGGUAUAUUGCACCAAAUCUUUCUGCUAUUGUUGGAAGUGCAGUAGCAGCCAAACUUAUGGGCACGGCGGGUGGUCUCUCAGCAUUGGCCAAGAUCCCUGCUUGUAAUGUUCAACUUCUUGGUAAUAAGAAAAGGAACCUUGCAGGAUUUUCCACAGCAACAUCACAAUUCCGUGUUGGUUAUCUGGAGCAGACAGAAAUUUUCCAGAGUACACCUCCGGCACUGAGGAUGCGUGCUUGCCGUCUCCUUGCCGCAAAAUCGACCUUGGCAGCACGAGUGGAUUCUACCAGAGGAGAUCCAUCAGGGAGCACGGGAAGAGCCUUACGGGAAGAGAUUCGUAAAAAAAUUGAGAAGUGGCAAGAACCACCUCCUGCAAAGCAACCUAAACCACUUCCAGUUCCUGAUUCUGAGCCUAAGAAAAAGAGAGGUGGUCGUCGGUUAAGGAAGAUGAAGGAAAGGUAUGCAAUAACAGACAUGAGGAAGCUGGCUAAUAGGAUGCAAUUUGGUGUACCUGAAGAGAGUUCGUUGGGUGAUGGUUUGGGCGAGGGUUAUGGAAUGCUUGGCCAAGCUGGGAGUAACAAACUACGGGUAUCCCGUGUUCAGAGCAAACUUUCUGCUAAAGUUGCUAAGAAGUUUAAGGAAAAGGCUUUUGGAAGCAGUGGUGCUACAUCUGGACUGACUUCAAGUCUGGCGUUUACACCUGUGCAGGGGAUUGAGCUGACAAACCCACAAGCUCAUGCUCACCAGCUUGGAAGUGGAACUCAAAGUACAUAUUUCUCAGAGAUUGGAACAUUUUCAAAGAUUAAGAGAACCUGAGCAACCAUAUCGAAACAUGGCUGCAUAUGUAGCUUGCUUCUUGUUAGUCUUAGACCCACGUAGAUUCAAUGUGAUGGUUUGAGGAGAUAUGUAAAUUGUUGGAAAAAUAUUACUUGUAUGGUAAUUAUGAGAACAAUAACAGGAAACUUUGUUUGAAGAA